UGGCAGAACUGGGUGAUCUCGCAGCGCUCGGGGCCGGGCGGUCUUGGGGUCCCAGGGCAGCAGCUGGAGAACCGGGCGGGCGGUCGAGAGAUCCACCCGCUGGGGAGACCAACGGACUGUCUGUUGGACAGCAGCCUCCCACAGCCCUCCCUUCUCCGGCCAUGGAGGCCGAGCCCCCGCUGUACCCAGUGGCUGGAGCCGCCGGCCUCUUGGCCGAGGAACCCGGAGCUGCAGUCCCCGACGGUGUCCUUCCGGAAGGGCCCGAGCUGGACGAGUUUGUGGGGGCCUAUCCAGAUUACAACGAGGAGGAGGAAGAGCGAAGAUAUUACCGCAGAAAGAAGCUAGGCGUGAUCAAGAAUGUGGUGAUUGCCAGCAUUGGGGGGAUGCUCACCUACAGUGUGUACUUGGGCCUCCUACAGAUGCAAAUGAUUCUCCACUAUGACGAGACCUACCGAGAGGUGAAAUACGGCAGCAUGGGACUCCCCGACAUCGAUAGCAAGAUGCUGAUGGGCAUCAACGUGACCCCCGUGGUGGCUCUGCUCUACACCCCCGUGCUCAUCAGGUUCUUUGGCACCAAGUGGGUGAUGUUCCUGGCCGUGGGCAUCUAUGCCCUCUUUGUCUCCACCAACUACUGGGAGCGAUACUACACACUAGUACCCUCUGCAGUGGCCCUGGGCGUAGCCAUUGUGCCCCUCUGGGCCUCCAUGGGGAACUAUAUCACCCGGAUGUCACAGAAAUACUACGAGUAUGUGAAUUACAAGGAAGAGCAUGUUCAGGAGCAGAGGCGUCCCCCGCGGGGGGCCCAUACGCCCUAUCUUGUCAUCUUCCACACCAUCUUCUAUAGCUUCUUCCACCUCAGUUUUGCCUGUGCCCAGGGGCCCAUGGUCUUCUUCCUCAAUGGGUACUUGUACGGUCGGAAUCACACCCUCUAUAAUGUGCAUAACUGUGGCACCAACAGCCAUGGGAUCCUCAUUGGCUUCAACAAGACUGUGCUUCAGAGACUGCCCCACAGCCAAAACCUCAUCAUAGUUGAGAGUGUGCUCAUGUCGGUGGCCUUUCUGGCCAUGCUGCUGAUCCUGGCCCUCUGCGGCUCCGCCUACCGGCCCACAGAGGAGAUUGACCUUCGCAGCGUGGGCUGGGGAAACAUCUUCCAGCUCCCUUUCAAGCACAUGCGUGAUUACAGACUGCGCCACCUCUUCCCUUUCUUCAUCUACAGCGGUUUCGAAGUGCUCUUCGUCUGCACUGGCUUCACCCUGGGCUAUGGUGUGUGCUCCAUGGGCCUGGAAUACUUGGCGCCCAUCCUCAUGGCCUAUGGCUUCGGCGCUGCUGUCUUCUCCAGCCUUGGGCUCCUUCAGCUGUGUCUGCCCCGACAGGUGCCCCUGGUGGCGGGGGCUACCGUGCACCUGCUGCUCAUCCUUGCCUUCUUUUUCUGGGCCCCUCUCCCGCAGGUCCUCAGCCACAGCUGGGUCUUCUACAUGGUGGCUGUGCUCUGGGGUGUGGGCAGUGCCCUCAACAAGAUUGCAUUAAGUACCCUCCUUGGGAUUCUGUACGAAGAUAAAGAGCGUCAGGAUUUCAUUUUUACCAUCUACCACUGGUGUCAGGCCCUCGCCAUCUUUGCGGUCUACCUAGGCUCCAACCUGCCCAUGAAGGCCAAGCUGGCCAUCUUGCUGUUGACUGUCCUGGUGUCUGUGGCCUCCUACCUGUGGAUGGAGGCCAAGCUCAAGCAGCGCGUAGCCUACCGCCUGCCCCGAAUUCCCCGGCCCCAGCACAAGGUGUGCGGUUACCGUUACCUGGAAGAUGACAACUCCGACGAGACAGGCUCGGAAAAUGAGCAGGGCUCAGCCCAUAGCCGAGAUGGCUCAGACAACGAGGAUGGUGAUGGGGAGCCACUAGCAACGGGGGCGCUGGGCCCCGGCAGAAGGCGCUACCCUUAUGAGCAGGCCCUGGAUGGGGAGGAUGGGCCCGGGCAGGAGUAACCGCCAGCAGACUCUUCCUGAGCCUGUGUGCUCUCUGCCCCACGGCCCCUUGAUCACCCCCUCCCCCGAUCCCCCUCAGGCACCCAGAGCAGCACUAGCCUUUGGGGCUCCAGUCAGAUUUAACCACUUUAGUUCUUGGCGCACCUGAAGUAAGCCUUCUCUUCCCUGGACCAUCUCUGAAAUGGGUACCCUGUCAGAGGAACCUCUGAUACCUGUCCACGUUGCCAGGAUCUCAGUGUGGUUCAGUAAAACCGCUCCUAACCAGACUCCCAAUUAACCAACAACCUCAAUUAACGGGAAUUCGUUUUGAGGAGAGAGGUUCAGCAUGAGGAAGAAGACACCAGUGGCCAGAAGAGGAGGAACUUGCUGGCCCCGGCCUGGGCUUGGUAGCAACAGUCCAGCCUCCUGCUUCUCUUGCUCCAGCCUCCUCCCUGUACUGUGACUGCCCACGUUCACAGCGACAGUUCUGAAUCGAGCCAAUUCUGACUUAGGCAGGAAAGGGGACUUGAGGCCCCUCACACUGACAUUGGGCUCUUGGGGGGCUGGGGGAGUGGCCCUCAUUCCCCCAGAGUGUAGCAUGACUUCUCUGUCCCUCUUCUGCCGACGUUGAGGUUCCCCGGUGGGAGAUGGGCUUCCCUCAUAACGGCUCCGGUAUCUGCUUCCAAGAUUCACUGCUUUUUAAGUCA